AUGGAUGAUUCAUCCGGCACCUCUGAAAAAGAAUUAUCCCGUUCUUUUUUUGCGGGACUUGUUGACAAAGCAGAAACAGAAGAUGACGUAGCUGAUCUUAUCACUUUAUUCGGGACCUUGAAUGUUGAAGAACUCGAGAUUGCACUUCCAUCGUUCUGUUUACUUGCUGAAAAAUGUCCUCCCAGUCUGAGGGAGAAUUUCAUGAAUCUGGCUUACUGUAGCUUGGCAGACAGCAAUUGUUCACGUUCUGGACGAAAGGCUGUUUUUGCUUGUCUGAGAGUACUCACACGUGGUGACGAGAACAUUUGGAGUAGCUUUUUCACAUUAUCUCAAUGUUUAGAGGAGCCACAGUUCCAUAUAAUCAAUCCUGUUUUGCCGCGUAUGGAUGAAGUACUGUCUUCUGUGUAUAAUGGAUCUCUCAGUUUUAAAUGGGCGUCUCUCAUUUUUAUGAGAGCGUUUGCUCAUUCCAAUGGGUGGGUGCGGUUAUGGGCACUUGAAAAGCUUGUCUGCGUCGAUCCUUCGAUUAUGGCUGGAAAUCAGGAUUUUCUGUUGGCUGCAAUUUCUGAACAUCUCAACUCUAACGAUCCGUUUUGGCGGCUUCCAGAGCGUAAUAAUUUACAUUCCUUCAAAACUUCGCUGAAACAUCUAUUCGAAGGGAUUCUAUCAACGCAGGAUGAUGCUGGCCGAGGUUCUUUUGUAAGAGGGAUUUUCACUGCGAUCUUGAAGAUAUCCAAUCCUUCGUCUUUGUUUUUCUUGUCCGAGUCACUAAUGAGCAUUCAACCCUUUCCUUGUCUUCAUACAGGAGAUUUCAAUACGAUAGCGACUCUUUUACGGAAGACACAACAAAUUCAGCACACCACUUUGAGGGCCGUGACACAAUUUAACUUUGUUGUAUUCUUCUGCAAAAUGCUAAAACAGACUCGUGAAGCAUCCAAUAAAAUAGGGUGUCUGUCGGCUUUCUUUUCUCGCGACUUCCCUCAAUUAUUUGAUCUGUUUGUUCAUGUGGAUUCAGUCGAGAAGUUAUUAUUAGCAGGCGAUAACAUACUUGACUCAGUUCGGCUUGUUUUGCUAAACUCUUGCGAUUUCGAGAGAGAUGAUUUUGCCGCUUUGCUGUGGAUUCGUGCAGAGUUAUCCGACCAGAAAGAUCAACUACUUAGAGGGCUUGAACUAGAGCUAGCUGAUCGUCUUACUGCUCUUGAAGAAGGAGUUGACGUUGGAUUGUCUCCUGAUGUGGUGGACGCGGUUGAUACUCUUCUGUGCAUUCUACUAGCAUCAUCUGAAGAAUUGAGCCUUAUGGACUGUAAUCUCAUCCAACUCAUCAGUGGAUACGUGUUAUUGCGAAUCGCAAUUGCUUCUGGAAGUCAUGCUUUCGUUGUGCACAAUGUCUACAUGGGUCUAAUCAGGCGUUUGAAAUGUUAUAUGAAACCGUUUGCAGAGCUUGCCUUAUCUCUCAUUUCCGAGGAGGUUAUUCCAUGCGACCGUCAUUCGCUAUUAAUAAGAGUACUGUAUGAUUCGCUUGAUGAACUUGAUUGUGAGGAUUCUGAAGAGAUGUUCCCCAAAAUUGUUGCCUACCUCGGAGAAAACCCUCUCUCACCAAUUAGAGUGAAGAAGGGUGUAGGAUGUACGCUGGAGAAUGACAGCAACAAAAUAAUGUCAGUAAUCCAAGAAUAUCGGCUGAAGCUACUUGCAAGGUAUUUGCCCUCUAUUUGCAACGAUCCUGAGAGCCUGCUUAUGGAAUGCAUUGAACAAAUAAGUUGCUCCUCCGCAUAUCUCGUUGCCCAGUGCUAUCUGUUAAUUUCUCGGGACUUGGUUGAAAAGGUGACUCGUCCUGAGAUCUUGUUGGCAUUAGUUAAAGCCUCGCUAAGCGUUGCAAAUGAGGAGAGAAAGUCGCAGAACUUUUUGCCUGCAUUGCAACAUACCUUAGGCAUUUUCUUUUCCAAAUCUGUGAUGUCCAACGUCGAUACAAGAAGCUUUGUUAUGAGUACAUGUACUGAACUUCUGGAACUGGCGCGUUUGAACACUCCUGUGGCAUUAUAUUUAGCUAAAGUGCUCGUGGAAUCAGAACAAAAAAAUUUGCUUAACUUUGAAUGGGCAACAUUGAUUCUCUCGCUUGCCGUGUUUGGACCGAUACCGAAGAAGGAAAGUCGUGUUGUCAACGCAGCGUAUGAUGAAAUCUACAAUUUUAUCCCAAGCGAAUUCGACGAUAUUCACAAGCCUUUCGAGGUGGUCCAACGGACAAGAUUGAAUAGUAUUUGUGUCGCUCUUCAAUUUUCUCGAAAGUCUCCCCUAUUUGCAAAUCAUCUUGUCGAUAUCAUUCUCACUGAAAUAAACUCAAUGAAUCAAAGUUCCUCCCGCUCCUUCGGUUUAUCUUUUGCGCAUCGCCAAAAUACGCGAGCUGUUUCUCUGUUACUUCUGAUUGUUGACCAUGUCUCGGAGGAGGCGAUUCUCGACAAAGUUUUUACAAACUGCGUCGACUGGAUUACUGAUCCAUGCCAGCAGUUUUCAAUUAAGUUGAUCUUGGAAUGGCUCCUUGCAAGGUUAGCAUUGCGGUGUGAGACAAUGAAACGAAGAUUAGUCAUCCAAGAACGGAUUUUUGCAACUAAAAGGAUAGGAAGUGUGUCGUCAUGGAUCAACAUGAUCGUUUUGAUGGCUCGUGCUGACGCGGAUAAGACAUCAAUACCUCAAUUCGUCGAACUCAUUUUACCUUGGACAACUGCGCAGAAUUUUGCAGUCAGGUGCACAGCAAUUGCUGCUAUUCGUUUGUUGUAUGAUGCAAUGAACAGUGAAGAUAAGGAGCGGUGUCAUUUAAUCGCAAAAAUCGUCAAAUUCGAUGGCGAACCUUCUGGAAACUCUCAACGUAUCAUCGAUAACCUCGACGCUGAUUUUUAUUUUGGUCACUUACAUCCUGUCAAACAUUUCGACAUGCAAACUAUUUUUGUUGUGCUGCCAUCGAAAACAGGAAUGCCUCCUGAAGAACUCAUUCCCAACGAAUUGCUUCAAAGAUUCAACACAUGUUCCAUACGAAGCACUUGCGAAGAUAAACAGUUCUUGGAUGCUCCGUCUGUUGUAUAUUCAGGACUUUCAAAAAGCAGUAGUUGUGCUCCUGAAAUCAAUGAAGAUGAAGUAGCGGAUGAUGGCAUCAAUGAAGGCGGAGGCGCUCCGUUAGUUCAACGAAAGAUCGUCACAAAACAGAGGUGCACACGAGACGAUUGUAGCUUGAUAGUGGUUGCUUCCCUUGUAGACAAGCCGAAUAAUCUCGGAGGUCUAUGUCGUACUUGCGAAAUAUUUGGCGUCAACACAUUAGUGAUUGCUGAUCUUGUAUUCGCGUCAGAUCCUGGCUUUAAGGCGCUCAGUAUGUCAGCUGAGAAAAAGCAGAAAAUGGAAGCUGUUCGUCCAGAAGCACUUUUGGCUUACUUGGAAAAUAUGCGGAAAAAUGGAUACGCGGUGAUUGCUGCCGAACAAACUACCGACAGUGUAUCACUACAUAAAUUCAAAUUCCCUAAAAAGACUGUGCUUCUGCUUGGUGAUGAAAAAGAAGGAGUUCCCGUACAGUUGCUGCGAUGUGUCGAUCAAACAGUUGAAAUAGAACAACUUGGACAGACCCGGAGUUUGAAUGUUCACGUUUCUGCUGCACUUUUUAUAGCGAAAUAUGUUGAACAAAUACUUUUGAGUUGA